AUGCCCCGCCGAGGUAUGUUUUCCCGUGCAGACGGCACGAACAUCAUCGAGCCUGAUAUGCAGGAACACGUUCACUGGGUGACCGUAGACUUCAGCCGAUUUGGCGGCCGCACUCGACCCAACAGCGGUGAGAGCAUGAUGCGCCUCAUGGGUGAGCAAUGCCGGUCCGGAGUGGCUACUAUCGGGACCGAGCCCCAGCAUCACAAGAAUCCAUACUGCCUGUCUUUGCCCGUUGUGGGAGACCCUGCUCUUGCACAUGUUGAUAUUAUGGCGCGCGCAGCUGAAAUUGCCGAUUGGCAUUGGGAAGAGAUUAUGGCUUCUAGGGAAACUCUCGAUACUGCGAGGAUUCUUGGGGACCACCCGUGGUGGGACAAUGUGCCCAUCAAUGGGGAAUAG